ACGCAGAAUCAAAAGAUAGAAGGUCCCAGAGCACUGGACCAGGGAGAAUGAAAAGAAAACAGACCCCAAAGCUGAGCCAGGGCAAAUAAAAAAAGAACCCAGAGCACAGGCCACGGAAACAAUAAAGAAUGGGCCCCAGAGCACGGGCCAGGGAAAUAAAUAAUGGGCCCAGAGCACGGGCCACGGAAAAUAUUAAUUACGCGGGCCCCAGGACAUGGGCCACGAAGAAUAAAUAAAUGCCCCCGACCAUUUUCCACCGAAGUCAAGGAAAUCCAAUCCGUCAGAAAAUGCUUGCUACAUCCUGGCACGACUUUCUUCUCAAGUGAGCAACGCAAUUAUUCAUCUCAGAUACAGCGCCUGAUUGUUCUCUGGGCUUUUCUGAGCCUGGGACUGGGCCAGGAAAACCAUAAAAAUUGGCCCGCAACAUAGGGCCAGGGAAAACAGAGCACAGGGCCAGGGAAAAAAAGAAAACACAAGGGCACGACAGCUGGGCCAGGGCAAAAUAAAAAAUUGGCUCGCGAGCUGGGUUAGGGCAAAUGGAAAAAUGGGCCCAGAGCACGGGCAAGGGAAAAUAUAUAGUUACGCGGGCCCAAGGGCUCGGGCCAGAGAGAAUCAAUAAAUGGCCUCAGGGCAAAGGCCACGGUUAUAAUAAAGAACGUGAGCCCCGAGCACAGGGCCAGGGAAAAUACAUAAAUGGGCC